UCCGGUGUUGUUAUGAAAAAAAAUGACAGUUGAAAAAAAGCUGGUAAAAGUAAUAAAUGACCUAAUUUAUAUAUCUUGAAUUCAUUUAUUAAGAAUGCAAAACUCAUAAUAGCUUAAGGUGACGAAAAGUAAAACGAAGAGCAGAUGUUCUGAAUAAUCAGCUGCUUAAAUGUCAGAGAUCAAGACUAUUUCUUAACUCUGAAGUUCCAUGGAAAAGUUAUAGAUAACCAGAAGCAUGAUAAAGGAACAGACAGCAAAGGAGCAAUCAGAUAAAAUACUAGUAAACCAGUGUCAAAUUGAAGAAGAACCAAUGGAAGUGGAUGAAAUUGUAGAAUGUGUUAUUUGCAUGGACAUUGUGCAGAAUAAGAAGACCUUAGAAAAAUGUUCUCACGAAUUUUGUAAAGACUGUAUUGAAAUCCAGUUUAAGUACAGGCCUCAGUGUCCUAUAUGCUUUACUGCCUAUGGGAAAAUCACAGGAACUCAACCAGAUGGACACAUGGAAAUAAAUCGAGACAAACGCCAAAAGCUUCCUGGCUUUGUAGAGAAAGGACUCAUACGUGUGUACUACUCCUUUUCUGAUGGAACACAAGGGUCUGAACACCCAAACCCAGGACAAAGAUAUUAUGGAACAAAUCGAACAGGUUAUCUUCCUGACAAUGAAAAGGGUCGCAUAGUAGCGAGACUAUUACGAGUGGCAUUUAACAGGAAAUUAGUAUUUACAGUAGGACGCUCCAGAACAACAGGGGUGGAUAACUGUGUUACGUGGAAUGACAUUCAUCAUAAAACUUCCAUAUCAGGAGGCCCAGAAAACUUUGGUUACCCGGACCCCACAUUCCUUGACCGAGUGCUGGAGGAAUUGGCUGCCAAGGGAGUAACACAGGACGAUCUCGUGGAGGUGUCCGAAGACAUCAUCAAAUGAACAAUGUCAUAUGUCAUCGUUUAUGUCUAUGCACUGGUUGAAUGGAAACUAAUCAUAUGCUAAAACUGAACUUUAUUGUGGCAUGGUUGGAAACAAAUGAGUUUGUGGGUUCUUAACAUAGAAUUUAUAGGUUUUAACACUAAUCACUUUUUAAAACAAAUUGUAAAAUAAUUUUUUUUAUUUUUUUUUGUGGGGGGGGGGGGGGGGGGGUGGUAGGGGGAGGUUGAGGGAAGGACAAUAUCAAUGACUGUUUUGUAUUGAUAAAAAACCUUCAUUUUUCCCAACUUCUUUUUUCAGAUAAAAAAUAAAAAGUGUUUGGAAAAUAUAGAAGUAUAUUACAUGUUGUUAAUAGUUGAAAUAAGGGUGCACAAAUAAAUUAAAAGGUAGGAAGGGAAAAGAGGAAAUAGUUGCUACUUGCCAGUACAUAUGAUACAUGUAAACGUAUAUUUGUAGAUCCUAAUUAAAAGUCAGGUUUAAAUAUAUAUGUAUUGUGACAUGACAUUUAAGAACCCCCCCCCCCAAAAAAAAAGAGAGAGACAGGAAAAACAUUUACAGUCAAUCAUAUUUAAUGAAUAUUUAUGAAUUUUUCACAUACAGCUGUACAUAUUAAUUUUGUUUCUCGAAUGUAAGAAAAUUUGUUUGAUGUGUUUUUUAAAUGGAUAUACUGCGGAAUUUGUUGAGUUACAGUAUUAUUUUUUACUGGUCAAUAAUUGGAUUUUUCACGAAUUUUAAUGUUUAGAGAUUGUUGAGAUAUGAAAGGACCACACCACUUUUCUUUAGCUUAUAAUUUAAUUGUUUUUGUUUGUCAGUCACAAUUUGGUUGGUGUUCUAUGGAAGUAAAAACCAUAUAUCAAAUUUAAACUUCCCUGACUGAAAAAAACACCCUAGUGUGUCAAGUGGAUAAAUAUGAAAAUUUCACAUACGCAUAUACAUAUUAUAUGUAAUAAUGUUGAUUGGCUUGCAUAUCCAUCAGAAAAAUGUUACAAAAAUGAAAAUGUAAUUUUACACUGUGUACUUAAAAAAUGCAAAGUUAACUCAUGGAUUUAAUUUAGAUUUAGGUUUGUAAAACUGCAGAACAGUAGGUUCAUUGAAAUUCAUUCUGCCAAGUAGGGUUGAUUAGAUUUUAUGGAGAUUGAAUACAUGUAACUUCAUAAGAUUUUGUUCAGACUAUCAUUUUUUUGAACAAUUUUUGAACAAUUAAAAUCAUUCUUGCUUUGGUUGAUUAAUAAUUAUAACAAUGUUCGUAAAAUAUAACCAAAUAAAGUAUUUCAAUUUUAUUUUUAUUAAGAAUAUACCGGUAUUCUGUCAUGUAAUUUAGAUUAAUUUUCAUUCAUCAAAGAAUAAAUUACUACUAUUCUGUUUGCUUAUUGGUCAAUAUUUUGCAUUUAUAACAUCUUCCAGUGCCAUCUUAUGCUGUUGGCCUUGAUCAGUUGAAAUAUAGUGUGUUUUUUUCCAAAAUGAAUUUAUAUUUACUGAAAAAUCAAUUUAAUAUAUAAUUUAAAAUAACUGAAAGAUAUUUGAAGUACCGGUAUAAGUAGUUACAUGUAUAUGAAAAUUCAACACUCUGCUCCUAUUUAUCAAAAGAUGCGGCAGUAAGCGUUAACUUUGUGUUUUUUGUGAAUGUACGGCUAGCUUAAUAUGACUAAAAGUACAUGUUCUAAUUGUCAAAAAGUUUUUAUAUGUAAUUGUUUAUUUUCAAAAUGUUUUACAAUAAAUGUUGAUGCAUGAUA